GAUGGGCGGGUAUUCAAUCAACUAGCCAUUUUAUCGCAGUCCCGGCAACGGUAUCCGUUAGAGAGUGUGUACUACUACUUUCGAGCGCUUUGCGCUACCGUACCCUUUGGGAAUGCAGGUGCCAACUUGAGCUCCUUCCUAGUGCGCGUGAAACAGCCGGGCAACCCACCCACCCAGUUUGAUCCAGAAAAUACCAACACCUAUUACGGGACAGAAAGCGGUAUCGGCCAGACUAAUACAAAUGCCACAGAUACCGGUGCACCAGCUCCGGGUCUCGGCAAUACUGGAGCCCGGGGGGGGGACGGGGACGAAAAUUUGGGGCUCCAGGGGGGUCUACUUAGUGCAGAGGGCCUGGAUAUGCUGUCUGGUAAUAUGUCCCCGGGUGAGGAGCAGAGCAAACUAGCGGCGCAAAUGAGGUUCUAUGAGAAUAAUGUGCUGAUGACAGCGUUUGUAACGUGGCACAGGAGCCUGCGAGGUCUGACCAACGAUCUCGAAGAAACUCAAGCGGUAGUCGAACGCGUGCUGACGCCACGAGCGUUCUGUUUGCUGGCCAAUAGUGACUCGUUUAAAGACGGGCGCGGGGGAAGUGCGGUACAAGAUGUGGAGGACCACGUUGUGACGCGUAUAAUGCUGAUCAGUAUCUCCGCCGCACACACGAAGAACACGCCCGCGGCGGUACAGAGCUGCAUAUGGACGGCCAGGCAGAUCAUGGAGGCGACCCUGCUGGUGGAUAGUAAGUACAGCUGUGUAUGGGUACAAUUGGGUGUAUUGAUAUAUGCCUAG